AUGUCAACUUCAGAUGACAGCAUAAACAAUAACGUAAAAACGUCCAAGACCGACGACCAAACCAUGAAUUCCGACAGGAAAAUCAUAACAAUCCCUAUUUUUUAUCCAUCUUCAAGUGAAGAAAGCUCAGCUUCUUCAAAUUCCUCCAAAUCAUAUAAAACCGUAUCAAAAAAAGGCAAGCGAAAGAAAAAAGCCGGAAAAAAAUUCAAGUCAAAGAAGAAGAGUAAAAAAGAAGAACCCAAAGAAUCUACGGACGAGGAGAAAAAAUCCAUCGAAUCAAUUGAUCCGUCUAAUUGGGAUCUUGACUCGUGGGGUGAUGUCUACUUGCAUGAAGUUCCAGGUGAAGGUGAAGAAUAUGAAGAACCUGCUAAAUGGCCUGCUGAUCCAGCAAUUGUUGAGCUUUCUCGCAAGUAUCCACAUCUUGUUCUACAACCGAUAGCGAUAAUCCCUGACGUUUUGUAUCUCGGAAACUCCGGCACAGCUGCAAGACCUGAUAUUUUAUCUCGAAUUGGUAUCACGCAUAUCAUCAACAUGUGUGAAAUGCCGUGUUAUUGGCGUGUAAAAGAAAAUUAUCGUAAAUAUGAAUACAAUGAUUUGAGUCGACCUAUUAAAUAUUUACGCGCUUAUGUUGCCGAUCAAAUAGGACUUGAUUUUGAACCAAUUCUUGAGGAAUGUAUUAAAUAUAUAAACAAGGCAAAAGACGAAGGUGGCAUCACACUUGUUCAUUGUUGGGCGAGUCAAAGUAGGAGUGUUGCAGUGAUACUAGGAUAUCUAAUCUCCAUUGGAAGACAAAAUUUGGGCAUGGAAACAGCUAAAAUCAGCAAUCAGAGACACAAAACUCUAGGGAUUAGUUAUGUUUUAAAAAUACCAACAUAUAGUUUCAUGGAUAUUUUGUUACGACGGGCAAAUAUGACAAGAUCAGAAUUUUUGUCCCAGAAAUUAGAAGAAAAAUGGAUAAAAGAAAUCGAAGAAGAUGAACAAGACAAGAAAGAAAAGAAAGAAAAAGAAGGCGAAUCGAAAGAGGGCGAGUCAAAAGAAGACCAAUCGAAAGAAAAUAAUGAAAUCAAGGAGAAAGAUGAAGCGAAAGAAAAAGAAACGAAAGAAGACGAAUCCAAAGAAAAUAAUGAGAUUAGGGCCGACGAAUCCAAAGAAAAUAAUGGAGUUAUGAAAAAAGACAAAGCGAAGGAAAAAGAAGCGAAAGAACAAAAUCAAGGACAAGAAUAG